AUGAAGUCUUUCGUCCUCAUCGCCGUUCUUGCUGCUUUCGCAGCGGCAUCUCCCGUCGUACCUGCUCAGAUUUGCACGAAGAUCUGUCUCUUUGAAGAGCCAGACUGCCCAGGUGGGGUGGCUGUCAAGUCUGGUGGAAUAGAGUACGCUUUUGACCCAGAUUUGGGCCUGGUCUUAGCUCAGGCGGAUUGUUGA